AUGCACGCCUUCCAGCACUCUUCAAUUCCGAUUUCUGGACUGCUUUCUAGCCCGCAAGAUGACUUCUUGUCCUUGCGCCUCUCCCUGCCAUUAUGCGGUGGCAAGGGUGGUUUCGGCUCCCAACUGCGUGCAGCAGGUGGUCGCAUGUCCUCGAAGCGCAAGCGCAACCAAGGCGAAGACAACGGCUCCAGCAGGAAUCUGGACGGCCGCAGACUGAGGUCAGUACACGAGGCGAAGGCUCUGGCUGAAUACUUGGCCAUCAAACCUGAGAUGGCAAAGAAGGAGAAGGAGGCGAGAAGGGCGCGAUGGGAGCAAAUUGUGGAGCUUGCGGAACGCAGAGAGGAAGAGAUGAAGUCCGGUAACAAGGGAAAGGUUGAUGGAAAGUGGGUUGAGGAUAAGGAGGAGGCGAAUGAGAGGACGAGAGAGGCUGUCCUGGCUGCAAUGAAGUCUGGGGACUACAAGGACAACCUGGUCGAAAUAUCAAAGGGCAGCUGCUCAUCUGGAGAUUCGACGAGUGAUGACGAGGCUGUGACUGGGACGAGCUCCAAGGGUACGACACCCCCGUCAGAACCAGAGGUAAAGCCCGCAGCCCGGACUUUCUUUGGAUUCGAUGAGGAUGAUGAGUUUAUGAGCAGUGAUGAGGAUGAGGAUGAAGAGGAUGGCGUCAAGGAGGAGCCAGAAGAAAUGGACGGAGAUGAGUCUGAAGAGGAAGAGGAGAAGGAGCCGACACCUCCCCCAGCACCGAAGAAGGGAAAGGCACCAGUCAAGGGUAAGGGAAGGGUAAAAGGUCGAGUUUCGAAGGCUUGA